AUGAAUCCAGAAAACGGAGACCGUGUAUUAAGGUAUGCAGCCCACAUUUCAAGGUGGAGACCUGCUGUGGGCACUGAAAGACUCGGCAGGAAUGCUGAAUGGUCUGGAGAUGCCUCGGGCGCUAAGUGUGCGCCUGACGAUGACGAUGACCAGGAAUUAGUGUUGCAAAGUGGAUAUCUGAUUGAAAAGCUGAACGGGGGACAGUGGGUGCAGUUUUGCAUGCAGGAACAGCAGGGCUCCACUAAUCAGGAAUCAUCCCCAGCCACCCCCAGCCACCCCAAAUCCCAGCGCCUGACCCAGGGACCCGCCCCGCAUCCAAUCAGGCUGCUCAUCGGGCGUAAUAACGUAAGAUGUGGUAAAGUUUCGUUUCCAUACUCUUACUAUCGCUCAGAUCGUCUUAUCGGAAAGUCUUGUUUGGUUUCCCCUCCCUUUCUUCAUCUCAUCUCAUCUCAUCUCUUCCUCUUCCUCCUCUCUUUGGUUUAUCAAUUCCUCCCCCCUGCAGGUGUUAAGCCCCCUGUCGUAAAAAGAGUCUCCGGAACUGGUACCAUUGGUUUUUUUCCUUGA